AUGACUGUCCUGGGAAUUACUGUGAAAAGGUCCAGAAUUGGCAAUCCCUGGUCAUCUCUCAUUUGGAAACCAACAGGACCAAUAUUUGUAGGUGGCCUACCACAUCACUACGCAACAAAGCAGAUAGCUGGACCCAUCUACAAUUUCACUGGCUGUAUAGAAGUUACAGAAAUCAAUAACCUGGGACCUUACACCUUUCCUAAUGCUGUGGAUAAAAACAAUAUUGACAACUGCAGGUUUUCUGCCACAGCAAAGAAUGCAGCGGCUCUUUUGGAUCCCAGCCCUGAUUCACUCAAGGCAGUUUUGACAUCAACUGUUCUCCCAGCUUUAUUCUCAGUCUGCCAAGAAAGCUUGUGCCGUAAUGGAGGAAGUUGCCACCAGAUUAAUCUUCCUGAUGGCAUGGCCUCAUUUCGGUGUGACUGCGCUCUUCAUUUCACUGGGCGUUUCUGUGAAAAAGAUACAACGUUAUUCUUCCCAUCAUUCAGCGGAAACUCCUAUUUAGAACUACCUUCACUAUCAUCCCUGUCGGAGGAUAGAUUUGCAUCAGGGAAAGAACGGAACAAAGUGACAAUUUACUUGACUGUGAAGACAACGGCUUUAAAUGGCACUCUCCUUUAUGCUCGUGAUGAAUUCGCAGAAGAACAUUUCCUUCAUCUUUACCUUGUGAAUGGGAAGCCAACUGCUCGAUUUGGCUGUGGCCCUUCUCCAAACAUUUUGAUAGUGAGUGCCAAUCACUCCAUUAACUGGGAUGCCCUUGUACCAAUAACACUAAGCUAUAUGCUGUCUUCGGGCAAUCCUGAAGGUUACUGUCUGAUUGAAAUGGCUGCAAAUGAAACAUCUUCUGUCCAUCAGAGGACCUCUCUGCCAGCGCAAAGGACUCAGGUUAGCUUUGGGCCAAUAUUCCUUGGAAAUGUCCCUUCUCAUCGCACAAACAUUCAUCCAAAUUCUGGAAAGAUUUAUGGCUUCAGGGGCUGCAUCAGGGAAUUGCAAGUCAACACCCAAGAACUCUCCAUUAUAGAGGAAGCAUUGGAAGGGCAGAACAUUGACAACUGUAAUGUUCCGGUUUGUGACUAUCAUCCAUGCCGCAAUGGUGGUACAUGCAUUAGUGACACAGAGAACUGGUUCUGUGAAUGUCCUCCUCGCUAUGCUGGAAAAUUAUGUCAGCUUUCAAACUGUGAGCAAAAUCCAUGUGGGAAUGGAGCAACUUGUUUUCCUAAAUCUAACCAGGAUGUUGUGUGCCUCUGUCCAUAUGGAAGAACUGGAAUUCUUUGUAAUGAUGUCAUGAAUAUAACCUAUCCUAGCUUCAGUGGGACAGAUGCUUUUGGCUAUACCUCAUUCCUAGCAUAUUCAGCAAUACCAAACAUCAGCCUGUGCUAUGAAUUCCGUCUGAAAUUUCAGCUGGCAAACCACAACUCAUCACUACAAGACAAUCUCCUCUUUUUCACUGGUCAGAAAGGCCAAGGUCUUACUGGGGAUGAUUUCCUAGUGCUGGGUCUGCGAAAUGGUAGCUUGGUAUACAGUUACAACCUGGGAUCUGGAAUCGCAAUUAUUACUAGCGAGCCACUUGAUCUGACACGUCGCGUUCAUACAGUCAGGCUUGGCAGAUUUCUUAGAAGCGGCUGGAUAAAGGUGGACAGUCAAAAAAACAAAACUAUUACAUCACCAGGAAAGUUGACGGGACUCAAUGUUUUUAGUCAGUUUUAUGUAGGAGGUUACAUUGAAUAUAUUCCAGAAUUCUUACCCAAAGGAUCCAGUUUUAAGAAUGGCUUUCAAGGUUGCAUUUUUGACCUCCGAGUCCAUGCUGGAAAGGAUCAGGAGUUUAAAGCACCCGGAAUUCCAGAAGGCCAUCCUAACACUGGUCGUAAUGUAGGACAAUGUGAAGUGUCUCCGUGCCAACUGAUAACAUGCAGAAAUGGGGGGACAUGCAUAGAAAGCGGCUCUGCGCUAUACUGUCAUUGCUCUUCUGAUUGGACAGGGGCUUUCUGCACAGAAAAAAUUUCAGUGUGUGAUCCUGAGCACAAGCCCCACCAUCGGUGCAAGCGAGGUUCCACCUGCGUCCCUGUGCCUGAUGGAUACAGCUGCCACUGUGCUUUGGGAACCACCGGCACACAUUGUGAACAAGCCUUAACCAUAAGCGAUGCGUCAUUCAGCAACCGCAAAUCUUCCUGGAUGUCAUUUGAGCCCUUCAACAUUCGACACAAGGUUCAUAUCCAGAUGCAAUUCCAGACCUUUUCAGGAAACGGCAUCCUCUUUUACACUGCUCAGCAUCUGAGCUCCCGAUCAGGUGACUUCCUAAGUAUCACUUUGGCAAAUGGAUAUAUACAACUACGUUACAGCCUUGGGGACAGAACAGUUGUUUUACAGACAUUCCAACCUGUCCAUAGCACAAAUAAGACCUGGCUUUUAAUUAAAGCAGGAAGAGUUGGCAACGAAGGCUACUUGGAUCUUGAUGGAAUCAAUGUAACUCAGAAAGCUACCAAUGGCAUGACUUCCUUAGAUACACAAACUGAUUUCUAUGUAGGAGGACUACCUUCCUUAAACUUGGUUAAUCCCAGGGCAAUUAAGAAUGUGCCCACUGGCUUCACUGGCUGCAUUAGGGAGGUCUUUGUCAAUGGCAAAGAAUUAAAACUCACUGAGAAAGGAGCAAAAAGUGGUUCCAAUAUAGGAGAUUGCGAUGGAACACCCUGUGGCUAUAGAGUAUGUAAAAACAAUGGGAAAUGUAAAGUUAUAGAGUCUGAUUUCUCUUGCUUGUGCCCCAAGCAAUGGAUGGGGAAGACAUGUGAGCAGUCUAUUUAUUGUUCACAUAGUAAGUGUCUCCAUGGCAGCGUUUGUAUACCCAACCCUGUUUUAUUUUCAUAUACAUGUGCCUGUAAACUUGGCUGGACAGGCCUGUGGUGUGAAAAACAACUCUCAUUUUUGAUUGCAAAGUUCACAGGCAAUUCAUACAUCAAGUACAUCGAUACCAAUUAUGAAGAGAGAGAUCUCAGAUUUACUAGGAUCUCUUUCAAUUUUACCACCAGUCAAAUGGAUGGUUUGCUUGUUUGGUUAGGAAAGGCUGAAGAUGAAGAUAAUGACUUCCUUGGAGUAGGAUUUGAAAAUGGAAUGCUAAAAGUUGUAGUUAACUUAGGAGAAAGAAUUGCCAUCCCUCUUAUUCACCAAAGAAAGAUGUGCUGCAAAAAAUGGCAUUUUGUUGACAUUGUGCAAAACUGGACUCUCAUUGAAGUGUAUCUUGAUGAGGAACUUGUUCUUUCUGAAGAUCUUGAUCCACAGAAAAAAUAUACUGUUCUAAACUAUGGGGGCAUUUGCUAUUUUGGAGGGUUUGGACUUGAUAGGAGAGUAAGUGACGUCACCUCAGGACUAUUUAAACAACAACUAAUUGGUAAAAUAAAGGAUGUUGCCCUUUUUCAGGAUUCAAAAAAAAUAAAUCUAACUAAGGGACAAGGGUAUAAUAUAUAUAGCGGAGAUAAGGAGUAACCAAGCAAGAGAGACAAGGCUGUAUUAUUUAAAUUUGUAAUAGUAGCUUACUCUGGUAGACUCUGGGAAGGCAUAAUUAUACUGUAGAUGGUUCAUAAUAGAACACUUGUAAUCUGCAGCCUAUUGCUUGUCUGAUUUAUUUUAUACGAAGUAUUAAAUUCAACAGUUGCUUUCAUGGAUUGCUUCUGUGUUCCUUGAUUGCCCACUUAAUUCUUCCAAUCAUGCAGUCUGACUUGAAGGUCAUUUAUUUACCUUAAUCCUAAUUUGAUUUUGAUUCUUCGUGUUUCCUUUAUGCUUAACAAUUGCUGACUUUGUCUUUUAUGUACUCUUCAUGAUUCAUUCUUAAUAUUUCUCACCACCUUGACCAGAAUCACCCACCUGCAUUUAAUUGUGAAACCUCUCAAAUCAAUGUCUUUUGACUCUUUUCUGUUUCAGUUCCACUUCCUUCUAUUCUUUCCUAUCCUCAGCUAUCUACAUGAUUUUAAUAUUUCCUUCUCAUCAAAUUGAAUUGCAAAAAUUUUAAUGUCCAAGAAACUUAAUAUUUAGACUUAUUAUUCAGAGUUCAAGUCAACCAGAGUCAUGGUUGUUCCUAAGACAAAUCCACAAGAUAAGAGUGGCUAUUAAAGAAUACAGUUAAUGUUUCUUAUUUCAACCUACCGUAUUACACAUUGUCAUUAAAAAUGUAUCAGCUAAUAGUAGAGAAUAGAUCACAUAGUUUGUUACUGCAAGUACAGGUAAUGCUUUACUUAUGACCACACUUAACCCCCAAAUUUCUGUUGCUAAGGGAGACAGUUGUAAGUUUUGCCCCAUUUUAUGACCUUUCUUGCCAGUUAUUAAGUGAAUCACUGCAGUUAAGUUAGCAACACAGUUAAGUGAAUCCGGAUUGCCCGUUGACUUUGCUUUUCAGAUUGCACAAGUUGAUCACAUGAUCCUGGGACACUGCAACCAUCCUAAAUAGGACCCAGUUGCCAAGCCUCUAAAUUUUGAUCACAUGACCAAAGGGAUUCUGAAAUGGGUGUAAGUGAAAAAUGGUUAUCAGUCACUUUUUUCAAAUGCUAUUGUAACUGAAUGGUAACUAAAUGAAUGGUUAUAGGUCAAAGACCACCUGUAAUAUUACUUUGAAAGUGGCAGAGCUUUUAUUUUCUAUGCUUAUUUUUUGUGAGCAGUAGCUUUCUUCUUAGGGAGCAAUUAAAUCAUAUCAAAACAUAAACAAUGGUUAAUAAAUUUCAGAGAGAUCUUUCCUCAGCUUUAAAAUAUAUUCCAAAAAUAAAUGCCUAAUACAAUGAAAAACAAAGCACGCCCCAAUUCUCUUACAAAACCCACAUUUUUUCAGGGAAAGAAACAAUACAAUAUAUACUUGGGGAGUACUUGGGGAGAUCCAUUAUCAUUGAAAGCAAUUAAUUUCAUGGAAGCAGGUAUGUUCUUGCUAAAAUGUAAAACUAUUAGCAUUAAAUAAGGAAGCUAUGGAGUUUGGAAGAGUGAUGGACAAUUAAAGGAGCAUUAUUUUGUUAGAAAAUAAUUUUAAUCGCUAUGUUACACGUCUUCCAUCUUUAAGGUACAUUUUCCAAAAUCAUAUUUUUUUACUCAGUGAACCCUAAUCCAUACUAACACUGAAGAUGUUACCUAAUUUGGGUAAUGAAACAUCUGCAAGAAAACAACUAAGGCUCUGAGAGCAUUAAGGAUCCCACAUUUCAACCCUGAGCUAUAAAUAUUUUUAAUGUCUAUGGAGAUACUCAAUCAUCCAAUCAUGAUUGUCCCAA